UGGCAGCUUAUCGUCGCAUCGACUCCGCCUCCGCCCUUCUCCGCCUCCGCGUUGGAUGUUGACUCUGUAAUCAACGAUGGUCGGAUUACAGCCCAUCUUCAAAAAGGCCUACUGGACGCUAGCGGCCGGUGGGCUGGCUUAUGUCCUUUUUGUAACGGCAUUGACGUUUCCAACAGUCCAGCGCUUGACAGCUUCCUUUAUGCAAACAAGGUCAACCCUGCUUAUUGGCAGGAUGUCAAUCAAGUCGAGCAAUUUGGCUUUUUGAAGACUCAGGUCCAACCAUUCCACUUGGUGACGCCCGACAAUGAAACCCUCUAUGGCUGGCACCUGUUGCCUCUCCACCUCUGCCACGAGCAUGAGAAGGAAUUGACUGAGAACCCUCCAUCUGGACCAGCUGCAGACUACGAGCAGACCUCGGCCUUCAAGAUCUUGGCCAACGAUCCUAAUGCUCGGGUUGUGGUGAGCUUCCAUGGGAAUGCGGCCCAUCUUGGGUCUGCUCAGCGACCAGCUACUUACAAUACACUGCUGGGCCUCUCAAAUCCAUCGCAUCCCGUGCAUGUCUUUGCUAUUGACUAUCGCGGGUUCGGUGUGUCGACUGGUAGCCCGACUGAAGAGGGCGUUAUCACCGAUGGCGUUUCACUUCUCAACUUCCUUACUGCUGGCCCGUUGAAGAUACCUACUUCGCGGAUUGUGAUAAUGGGCCAGAGCCUAGGUACAGCGGUCACUGCAGCAGUAGCGGAGCGAUUUGCCUUUGGCCACCCUGACCCGAACGCUGUACAGCCGGCCAUCAAGAAUGCGGAGCCGUUCGCCGGAGCCUCACCCUCUCCCAUGCUCUCUCCACUCAUCGGGUAUCCUCGUUUCCAGAAAUGGAUCAUGAGUCAUAUCGUGGACUAUUGGGAUACAGCAGCAAGAGUGGCUCGACUGACUGGCGUCAAUCCCUCGUCUGAAUUCGAUCACUUACACAAGGAUCUUGAUCUGACAAUAGUGCAUGCUCAAAACGAUAUCGAGAUCCCGUGGCGCGAAGGUCGCCGUGUCUGGACGGCUGCAACGGGAGAGGACAUCAAGGGUGCCCCCGGAGCGGUGGUUUAUACCAAGUCGGAAGCCAUCAGUCCUUCUCAGGUUGAGAUUUGGGAGAACAAGAUCACCGCCAAGGAUGGGUCCCAGGUUGUGAAAAAGGUUCGCUGGGAGCGUGUUCGAUACGGAGGUCAUAAUCGUGUUGCAUCAUUUUCUGUCGCUGGUAUUGCUGUUCUACGAUCAUUCGAAGAGUGA